CCCCCUUCUUUGUUUGGUAAUCGUUGUGUCAGUGUUUCCCCGGGCACGUACCUCUUGUUUCUAGAUUUAUUAAUUUGGCAUAAUUGUAUUACUUGACGUGGCCUAUAUAAGGAUGGAUUUUUUAAUAUUUUUGAUUAAUAUCCUUUGUAUUCUCAAAGGUUCUUCAGGGGCUUUUACAACUACACAUGCCACAAACAUUCAUAAUGCUGUACUUGGUAGCUCUUAUAACAAUCACGUGAGACCUUCUGACGCCACAAACAUCAGCAUUGAAUUUGUCCUAUUCUCUUUAAAUGACCUGGACAUAAAAAGUCAGACUAUGUCCACAUCCGGAUGGAUGACGGUUAGAUGGGAAGAUCCUCGCCUGGUAUGGACAAAGUCCUCGUACGGGGAUAUUGAAUACAUCUACACGAAACAAAAUAAAAUCUGGCGUCCAGAACUCAUCAUUGACAACUCAGUUGAAGGGAUGGACCCAAUUGGCAAUGACGACAUAUUCUUCAAAGUAAAGAAUACUGGAGAGGUGCGUUGGGACCCGCCGGGACUUUACGUCACCCACUGUGAUAUUGACGUCACUUACUAUCCAUUCGACUACCAAAUGUGUAAGAUCGAAGUCACUAGCUUUGCCUUUACAACAGAGGUACUGACUCUAAACAAAACCCGGGACACGGUCAAUUCGGAGGAUUUCAACGAAAACGGGGAGUGGAUCUUAUACUCAUCACGAGUAGAGGAGCGGGUAUUGGAAGAAAACGGUGAGAAAUUUUCCAAGCUUGAGUUCCAAAUUGUUUUCCAGCGGCGCCCAGGGUAUUACCUGACCAACAUUGUAUACCCUGUGAUACUGAUUUCUCUGCUGACAAACCUAAGUUUCCUCUUACCAACGGACUCCGGGGAGAAGAUUUCCUACAUUUUGACAGUCCUUUUAGCGUUGGCAGUGUUGUUAACUCUUGUUGGAGAUAGCAUGCCUUCUACAUCAAAGCACACGGCGGUCAUAGGGAUUUACAUAUCCAUAAUACUGAUGAUGGCCGCCCUAGGUAUAUUCAUCACAGUGUUAAACCUCCGUCUCUAUCUCAACACUGACCAAACAGAUGUACCAAAAUGGCUUCAGUGUUUCACAUUCACUGUGCUUCUCAAAGUUAACUGCAAAAGCAAGAAGGUGGAAGACACAAAGUUACAUCAAUUUGUCUGUGAAGAUGACGAAAUGGAACUUCAGGAGAUCAACGAUGGAAGGAAAUCACUAAAGCGCAUGAUGAAUCAUCGUAAUAUGUAAUAACACACCAGCAGUCCCAACAAAUUUGAGGACGAAUUUCCAUUCGAGUGCAAGGAGGUCUCCGUUUUUUUAGACUAUUUCUUUUUUUAUUUGUUCAAUAUUGUAACCUUCAUAGCAACAGUAGUUUUGUUUAUAAUCAUAGCUGUGUGUGAUGUCCCUCCAUUAUAAAGGGGGAAAACAUCAUUUACUGCAAAAUCUUGCCUUUGAAUAGUUACACAUGCUACUCAUUGUUAAAAUUUUAUUUUAUUUUCCAUUUUGUA